AGGGAGCGGCUGUCCUCUGCUCCUUCCGGCUCCGGCCCCGGCCCCGGCCCUUGUCCGCCCCGGCGGGCCAUGUCCGGCCUUGGCCUGAGGGCCAUCGGGCUGGCCGGGCUGGCCGCGGUGGGCGGGGCGCUGGUCUAUGCCGCCUGGAGGACUUACUUGUCCACCCCGCGCCCCCCGACCCGGCGGGCCCCCCAGAAAGAGGAGGAGGAAAGAAGGGAGGGGGCCAAGCCCGCCCCCGAGCCGCGGUUUCAGGUGAAAACACUGAAGAAACAAGUCCUAAUUCUGGGCCUGGACGGAGCGGGGAAGACGAGCAUCCUUCACUCCUUGGCCACUAAUCGAGUCCAGCGUUGUUCCACUCCCACCCAAGGCUUCAAUGCCGUGUGCAUCAAUACCGAGGGGGGCCAGCUGGAUUUCUUGGAAAUCGGGGGCAGCGAGCCUUUCCGUUCCUACUGGAACAUGUACCUGUCCAGUGGCCUGGUGCUCAUCUUUGUGGUGGACCUCAGCCGAGUCCCAGCCGGAUUUCCUGCUGCCAAGAAGCACCUCCAUCAGCUGAUUCAGAAGGAUGUGUCGCUUCCUCUGGUGGUAUUGGCAAACAAACAGGAUCUGGAAGGUGCGUCUUUCAUCACUGAUAUUCACGAUGCUUUGGAACUCUCAGCCAUUGGCGACCAGAGAAAACUGUUCUUGAUUGGCACCCCCACGUGGCCGAGGGCAGUUCCCACAUCUCUUCCAGUAAUGCGGGACGCCUGGGACCUCAUCACCCAGUUGGUUUCAGAAGGCCCACUGACCCAGUGUGAACAGUUGCCGCAUCAAUCUUCAGAACGCAAACCUUGAACUCAGGAUGUUUUCACUUUGAAAUUAAAAAUGGAUAUUUUCCUAUAUUUUCCCCAGUGUUUGGAAUCUAUGAGCAUGAUGUUAAUUUAUCCAAAGUAUGUUUUUUAUGGAGACAUCCGCAGUUUGAAAUAUAUUGUAGAAGCGUCAGAGUAUUUUGUAAGAGUUGAGGCUUUUAACUGAGAUAAAUAAAGGAAAAUUGUUGGAGAGCAAA